AUAUUCUUAGUUAUUCUGAAAAUGUCGGACAAAAAUAUUAAGAAAAAGGAAUAUAGAUAUGAGGAUUAUCCAAUUUUACGCACAAUUCAGGAAAAUGUUAUUGGAAAUGAUUUGAUAAUACACGGACCAUAUGGACCUCGGAAAGUUGUUUACUGUGAUUAUACAGCAUCUGGAAGAUGCUUAGCGUUUAUAGAAGACACAAUAAGACAGCAUGUAUUACCGGUUUAUGCUAAUACGCAUUCUUCUACAGGUUACAAUGCUAUACAAACUACUAAAUUUAGAGAAGAUGCCAGGCAUAUAAUAAAACAAUGUGUGAAUUGUGGUAAGAAUGACGUAGUUAUUUUUACUGGUAGUGGUUCUACGUCAGCCUUCCAUAAAUUAGCUUGGGCUUUAAAGAUUAAUUUGCUUAGAGUGGCAGAGGAAACGGUUGUGAUAGUUGGACCAUAUGAGCACCAUUCUAACACACUCCUUUGGAGGGAGUAUGGAACACAAGUUGUUCGUAUUAGAGAUGAUGAAAAUGGUUAUGUUGAUACUAAACAUCUUGAAGAGGAAUUGAAGUUUUGGAAAGAGAAAAGGCAACACGUUUUAGUAGUGAUGUCAGCGUGCAGUAAUGUGACGGGCAUUGUAACAGACACAGAUACUGUAGCAGUGUUAGCACACAGUCAUGGGGCUUUAGUCGUAUUUGAUUAUGCAUCUGGAGGUCCUUAUCUGAAAAUGGACAUGAAUUCAUCAGAAAAAGGUUACAAGGAUGCUAUCAUACUGAGUCCACAUAAAUUUGUUGGUGGUCCAGGAACUCCAGGUAUUCUUUUCGCAAAGAAAUGGAUAUUUAAAAAUUCUGUUCCUGAUAGAACUGGAGGAGGGACUGUUUUAUAUGUGACGAAACAAACGCAUUGGUAUAGCAGUAAUAUAGAAGAACGAGAAGAGGGAGGGACACCAGAUAUCAUCGGCUGUAUAAGGGCAGGACUGGUGUUUCAACUGAAACAGAAUGUGGGAACAGAUAUAAUACAUCAUAGAGAGGAAGAAUCUUGUCAGAAAGCUUUCAAUAUCUGGUCAGUUAAUCCGAGUAUUCAUAUAUUGGGAAGUCAAACUGCAAAUCGAAUACCAAUAUUUUCUUUUUUGACUAUCCACCAUGCUACCGGUAAACUUGUUCAUCAUAAUUUCAUUUCAUUAUUGCUGAAUGAAUUGUUUGGGAUACAAGCUAGAAGUGGCUGCGCAUGUGCAGGUCCAUAUGGACAGGAUUUGCUGGGCAUAUCGGAACCUCUAGCAAAAAAAUUCAUUACUUAUCUACAAGAUAAACGUCCGGGGUACGAGAAGAAUGGGCCAACAAAACUGGAAAUACUUAAACCAGGAUUCACCAGACUUAAUCUCCCAUACUUUUAUGACGAUGAGCACAUAAAUUAUAUAAUACAAGCGGUUGACAUGGUUACAAAACAUGGAUGGAAACUUUUACCUCAGUAUACUUUCGAUGGGCAGUCUGGAACUUGGCAUCAAAGAGCAGAAGGUCAUAUGGACGUAAAUACACUUAUUCGUCUACGAGAUCUUGACUUCAAUAACAAGAGGCAUUUAGACUUGACGAAGAACUCAACAGUCAAGAAAGGACCUUCAUUUAAAGAAAUUUUAAAUAAAGCUCAGAAAAUGUUUAAAGAUACAGAAACAAGUUUAAAGGCAUGUAACAAAAUUAAACAUAUUAAAUCAUCGAUUUUGUACACGAUCAAGACACACAUACAUUCAACUUAUUGAAAGUCCUACUUAUAAAAGAGAGGCAAAAGAUACCAAAGGAACAUUCAAACUCACAAUUCGAAAACAAACUGACAACGUCAUAGCAAAAAAACGAAAAAAGACCAAAACACAAGAUAGAAAACUAAAGACAGAGCAAUACGAACCCCACCAAAAACCGGGG